CUCCCAAAGAAGGUUAUUAUCGAGCCUUCUCGGGACUAUCGCAUUGUGCCUUGCUCAUUCGUUCGUCCUUUCAGUGGUAUUUUUCGCUGUUGCUUGAAAGAUGUACCCCGGCACGCCACACGAUGGAUGCAUCGAUACACAUUUACCCAGAUAAUCUGGCGCGGCUGUAUUUCAUCGAGGAGACCCACUCCCCCCGCACUUGUGAUCAUCAAACACGCUUACAGCAGCACAGCAGACCGCCCAGAAAACGGCAUUGAACUGACUACAGAGGCUUUCCACGUCCUUUUGCUGCAUGGGAUCGUAUGGUGAACGUUAUUUUUGAUAAGCUGUUCGAGGGAUCAGUCAACAGACAGACCAGCCCACCAGAAUUUUCUCAACAGUAUUCCUUUCACCGAUUGAAAUAUUUUUUCCUCAGUCGCUACUGCCGAGUGAGCCACACGCCGAGGUGUGUGCACCACCAUAGGCGAGAAGCGGCGGGGAUAUACAGCGUUUUCAGUAUUUCACCACUCCGAGAAAGAAUAACAACCUAUGUGGUGAUGAUGCGAGAUCUGUGAGUCUGGACGACAUGGUACGUUCACGGAGCAUGAACUUCAAUUCCGCUGGCUGAGUGUUUUUGGUAUGUGGUGUUCACGUCGAAAGGAAGAACCGGACCGAAUCUACUUGGAUUGUUGGAAAUACUCGUCAUCUGGCUAUCGUGGGAUAAUACCAUAUGCUUUCUUUGAGUAGGUCUUUCCAAGGAAAAGAUAUUUCACAGUGACCUCCAUGUGGUUGUGUGUAUGACGGGGGCAGAGGACAAAGCCUGCGAUUAUGAUGUUGCCGUUCUGGCUUCGCGCAUAGCGCCUCGGCUUUGAGGUGAUUUCGCUGCCUGCUCACAAAGAAGUGUAAAUAAACUUUACUGCGUUUCUGAAACAGAUGCAUGUCGCAAUAGCUUGAUUCCCCAAUAUUGACGCACUUGAAGUAAUCUAAAUCAGCUUUCUUAUGAUGUCAGUUUCUAAAGAAUAGCAUCUUUUCACUCGCAAACAGGCCAUUGGUGACUUGAAUGCCAAAACGUUUCUGAACCUGCCAGAGUGUCAAUUAAAUAUUUCAGAAUACUACCGACUCUUCCAGACCCAGAGUGUAGUACUGACUGGUGUCAGAGUCAAACAUAUAUAUUUUGGACAGUAGGCAGUGUGUAUUUGCUUUCCAUAUUAACCAACCGCGCUCUGAGUGUGACCCCCAUCUGAGAUGCAACUAUUGGCACACGCGCUUGCAAAGUUGUUGACGUAACCCUUGCCCAUGUAAAUACAAUUGAUCAGGGUAAGUGACCUGUCAGUGUUCGCUCUACGUGACAGAGGACAUUGGCUAGGGUUAGUGGGACUCUCGCGCAUCAACUUCUAAUGUUCUCUCGUGGAUACACUGUUUCGGGUUGAUACACUCAUCGCCCACAUUUUCAGCUGAAGGGAACUAACGGAUUUUAAAUGGUGUUCCGCAAGUUACCCGGUGUGUUCGCAUCGGGCAUGGGUCUUCGUCUCUCGCAGAAGUUUGUGUUUCUUCUCUUUCUGUCGGGAUUGGUUACACUGUGUUUCGGGGCCCUCUUCUUCUUACCUGAUUCCGUCCGCCUGAAGAGGAUUUUCCUACCCAAGACAGACAACCAAGCGGUGACGGUGGGAUCAGAAAAUGAUGUCAGGGAUCACUCAAAAAAGAUGUCCCAGCAAACCGCUAAAGGUGACAGCACCACGAAACUCAAAAUGCUGAGCCGUAAACAGUCUGUCACGCACAAAGCGCGCACGGUGGAGCGGUCCAUUGGGAAUAAGCCGCCCGAGGAAUGGAGCCCUUCCAAGACCAAGACGGAACCGGUGGCCAGGGCGCGGGAAUCGGUAACCGGAGGAGAUCGUGUCACCACAUCGACCCAGAACGGCCAACACAAGGAUACCUUUGACUUUGAGAGAUUCAAGCAGUGCCUGGUGAAAGCGCCCAUGGGGAGUGAUAAUGGAAAGCCGAGUGACCCGCAAACCCAGCAGCGCCGAGAGAAAGUCAAAGAGAUGAUGAAGUUUGCCUGGGAUAACUACAAGCUCUACGCCUGGGGCAAGAAUGAACUGCGACCUCUGUCACGGAACGGCCACAUCGGGAACAUGUUUGGUGGUUUGCGGGGAGCGACGAUUGUGGACUCUCUGGACACACUGUACAUCAUGGGUCUAAUGGAGGAGUAUGAGGAGGCCAAGGGCUGGGUCGAGAACAACCUUGACCUCAAUUCGAGUGGCGAGGCGUCCUUGUUUGAGGUGAACAUCCGUUACGUCGGAGGCCUGUUGUCCGCCUACUACCUGACCGGAGCAGAGGUCUUCAAGAGGAAGGUGUUGGAGCUGGGAGAGAAGCUGCUGCCCGCUUUCAACACCCCAACAGGCAUCCCGAGAGGAGUCAUCAAUCUGGGGAGCAGUGGCACCAGUUGGAGUUGGGGCUGGGCCUCGGCGGGGAGCAGCAUCCUGGCUGAGUUCGGAACACUGCACCUGGAGUUCGUACACCUGACCGAGCUCGCACGCAACCCCAUCUACACAGAGAAGGUGAUGAAUAUCCGGAAGGUUCUGAACAAGAUUGAGAAGCCGCAUGGACUCUACCCCAACUUCCUCAGCCCCGUCAGUGGGAACUGGGUCCAACACCACGUGUCCAUCGGUGGCCUGGGCGACAGCUUCUAUGAGUAUCUGAUCAAAUCGUAUCUCAUGUCUGACAAGACGGAUGAGGAAGCCAAGAAGAUGUACUACGGAGCACUGGAGGCGAUAGAGACCAACCUGGUGCAGAAGUCGCAGGGUGGCCUGACGUACCUAGCGGAGUGGCGGGGUGGCAUCCUGGACCACAAGAUGGGCCACCUGGCCUGCUUCUCAGGUGGCAUGGUGGGCAUCGGGGCCGACGACGGACCACAGGAGAAGAGGCAGCACUUCCUGGACCUGGCCGCAGAGAUCACACACACCUGCCACGAGUCCUACACACGCUCAGCCACUAAGCUGGGUCCUGAGGCGUUCCGUUUCGACGCGGGAGCUGAAGCCACGGCGACGCGUCUGAGUGAGAGAUACUACAUCCUGAGGCCGGAGGUCAUCGAGAGCUACAUGUACAUGUGGAGGCUCACACACGACCCCAAAUACAGAGAAUGGGGAUGGGAGGCAGUGGAGGCUCUGGAGAAGAACUGCCGUACGGACGCCGGCUUCUCAGGCAUCAGAGACGUGUACUCAUCCGUGGCCAGUCAUGACAACAUGCAGCAGAGCUUCUUCCUCUCCGAGACACUCAAGUACCUGUAUCUGUUGUUCUCGGACGAUGACCUGUUGUCCCUGGAGGACUGGGUGUUCAACACGGAGGCCCACCCCCUGCCCAUCAUUCGUAAGGGCUGCCUGCAGACCGGCCCGGCCACUCAGGAGGCCGAUGACCAGGCCGCUACAGAGUAGACGCCACGCCCGCCUCAAUACUGCUGAUGAUCCAUACAUACCAGGACACGGACAGUAUUCUCUCAAGAUCACACACACACACACACACACACACACACACACACACACACACACACACACACACACACACACACACACACACACA